AAAACAAUCGUGACAAUGUUGCAAUCUAUAUUUGACGAUGUGCGUCGAAUGAAUAAACGGCAGGUAAAUAAAUUUCUUCGCUAGAAUUAUUAGAGAUUCUUACAAGCGAGCGCAUAUGGUCGAUAAAUAGUCUUUAUCACUAUUCUUUUGCAGUUCCUGUAUCAGAUGUUAAGUUUUGGUAUGAUUGUUUCGUCUGCUUUGAUGAUCUGGAAAGGCUUGAUGGUUGUAACGGGUAGUGAAAGUCCGAUUGUGGUUGUUCUCAGCGGUAGUAUGGAACCAGCUUUUCAUAGGGGAGAUUUGUUAUUUUUAACUAAUUAUCCAGAUGAGCCAGUCAGAGUAGGAGAAAUUGUUGUCUUUAAAGUUGAAGGUAGAGAUAUUCCAAUUGUACACAGAGUACUUAAAUUACACGAAAAGGGCGACCAAAAUAAUACUGUUAAAUUUCUAACAAAGGGUGAUAAUAAUUCUGUUGAUGAUAGAGGUUUAUAUGCAUCUGGUCAAUUAUGGUUGACACAUAAAGACGUUGUUGGUAGAGCAAGGGGUUUUUUACCAUACGUAGGAAUGGUUACAAUAUUCAUGAAUGAAUAUCCCAAAUUUAAAUAUGCGGUAUUAAUGUGUUUGGGAUUAUAUGUUUUGGUACAUAGAGAAUAA